UUUGUUUUCUAUAUUCCUCAAGACACCGUCACAGAUUAAAUACAGAUACGAAAGCUUUGAUGCCGCCUUUGAUGUUCGAUGGCUCAAAAUUUGUAACAACUCGAAGAAGAAUUCAACUAUGAACAAAACAAACUGUUCCUCCUUUGCGAAACAUUCUCCUGUGUUACUGAAAGAAAAGUUGUAAACAAUAACAAAGGAAUGUUGAGUGAAAAGUGAGGUUGAAGUUAAAACCACCUGAAACCGCGCAUGCGUAUAAAAACUAAGUUCUGGCGAGAGACCUAGUUUUCGCAUCUAUAUUUAAUCUGUGACACCAUAUAGAAGUAAACACAGUUUUGUUCGAAUUAGUGACAGAGAUAUGGCACGUAAUGCUGAAAAGGCUAUGACCACCUUAGCCAGAUGGAGAGCAGCUCAGUUGGGAGAAACAGAAAAGCACAAAAAAAGGCCUUACCUAGCAUCGGAAUGGAAAAGUUUAUAUGCUUGUGAAAAGUGGCGAAUGCAGAUCAUUAGAGAAAUUGCCAAGAAAGUUGCUCAAAUCCAAAACGCGGGUCUUGGAGAAUUCCGAAUAAGAGACCUGAAUGAUGAAAUUAACAAACUUCUUCGAGAGAAGCACCAUUGGGAGGAUCAGAUUGAAGAGCUGGGAGGACCAGAUUAUCAGAGAGUGGGGCCUCGUAUGCUGGAUCAAGAAGGAAAAGAGGUUCCAGGGAAUAGGGGUUACAAGUAUUUCGGUGCUGCAAAAGAAUUGCCAGGGGUUCGCGAGUUGUUUGAACAAGAGCCGCAGCCUCCUUCCUGAAAGACUACAGUGGAACUGAUAAAAAACAUCGACGCAGAUUUCUAUGGGUACAUGGAUGACGAUGAUGGAAUUCUCAUACCGCUUGAACAGAAAGCAGAAAAAAUUGCCAUUCAAAAGGCAGUUAAAGCCUGGAAGGACAAAAAAGAGCAAAGGAUAAAUCAAUCAGACAAUACAGAGCAAGAAGAAGAGGAAGAAAAUAUAUAUGCAGUUGCAGAUUCCGAUGAGGAGAAUACCGUUGACACUGACACUAUCCAAGAUGGAUCACAAAAAAGGUUUGUCGCGCAUGUACCUGUACCUUCACAACAAGAUAUCGAGCAAGCCCUUUUGAAAAGAAGGAAACUGGAACUGAUGGCACAUACCUAAGGGAAUUCUGUGUUUCAAAGAAAUAAAAAAAUCAUAGUCAAUGUUGUAUUAUCAAGUCUUUGGUUUUAUUGUAAAUGUUAAAAUAUAUUAUUUUCAUGA